AUGCCUAAAGGUUUCCUACUGCAUCGGCCGUCAACUCUCACCAUGGGCGCUCCCAACCCCAAGAAGCGCCUCCUUCAUUGUGCGUUGAUAGAGUUUGCGGAAAUGGUUUCGCAUGAUAUGCGGUUUCCCCCUUCGCCGGUGUCGCCCGCUUCAACGGCCGACAGUCCCAUCAAUCUUACAACAAAUAUCCCACAAAGUCCGCCCGUACGGACGGUGCCUGAGACGCCUCUAACUCUUGAUUACUUGCACGAUAUGCCAGUUCUUCCAACAAAAUACACUACAACGUACGCGUCGCCCGCUACGAAGACGAAUUCUACCACAGCUACUGCCGACUAUGCUGCAGGAAGACAUCAUAGCCUGAGCGUGCAGUCGCAGGCGUCAAGUGCAACAGGAAAUACACAGCUCGCUGCGGUGGUUCCUGACCAUGAGAAGACAACCCCGUCAAUUUCACUACCUGUCAAUAAGCGAUUAUGCACGACGAAGUUCACUUGCAAGUUGUGCAGACUCAACUUCAGUGAUCCCCUGUCACUUGCGAGGCAUGUAUGUGCGGCUAUUCGGCCAGUCGAGUACAGGUGUCCCGAAUGUGACAAGGUAUUUAACAACCCUGCCAACUUAGCGUCGCAUAGACGAUGGCACAAGCCGUCGGCCUCACAGCAACUGGAAUGUCCACUCUGCGCUCAACUGUUCCGACGAAACUCGCUUCUGAAGAAGCACCUUGAGACAGAGCAUCCCACGCACCGCCAAGGACAACGACAGGAGCUUCAUCGACAGCAACAACAACAUCAAAACCACCCACAAAUAGUUUCUCAAAAGUAUUCGAAGGAAGUCCAGGAUGAAACGGCACAUCUUCAGUGCCAUUUACAAUCGACCCCACAGGGUUUUCUCCCUUCAAGCAAACAGUCGCAUAAUCAAACUGUUUUUCUUGUUGGGGACCAGAGUUCACCUUUGAGUCCUCUACGCUCCCAUGCCAACUUGGUAAUUCAUGGAUUGAUACACCAUCCGGAAUCGCCUUUUAUGCCGCCUUUACCUGGAAUAUACUGA